AUGAGCUCAGAAAAUGAGCCACCGAAAACUGUGAUUUUCGAGCAAAAACCACCGCCACCCAAGCAUUUCAGCUUUUCUGAUUGGCCUUUUCCACUUCCAGAUGUUUUUAAGGUAACCAUUUUUCUCAACCUGAUUUGUGAAAUUAAAACCAGAUUUUUUCAGCGUAAAUUAUUAAGCUAUAAUUAUAAUUAUGAUUUGGCGACUUCGAAAAGUGCUGUGGUUUUCAAGUUGUUGUUCAAAUGGCGUGGUUCACUUUGGCAGGCGAUUUAUUGGUGAGUAUUUGAUAUUUUUGGGUUGAAAAUUGGGAAAAUCAUGGUUUUUGAGUCUAGAAGCCUGAAAUUUGGCUUAGAAACUUUCAAUAUGACCUAGAAACCCAAAUUACAUCAUUUUUUUGACCUACGGUCCCAAUUUUUCACGUCAUGUUAAUUUCAAAAAUUGUUUUCUAAUGAUGCAAAAUUAAUCUUGAUAAUUUUUCGAUUUUUCAAACAAAAACAAGAUGUUUGUAUUUUUGGGCUCAUAAUUUUUAAUAGGAUUAAAUUUUGUUUUAAUGAAUCCUGAAUCAAAAAUGUUACUGUUUCACAAAACAAACCAAACAGAUCAACCCAAACAUCAUUCUCAAAAAAAAAACAAUAAAAAAUUUAAAUUUUAAUGACCAAUAUUUUUUUCGAUAAAAAUCACAUUAACAUUAAAUAAUUUUAUCAUUAAAACAAUAAUGAUAAAAUUUUACAACUGGAAAAACAUAUAGUGCAAAAAUCAACAGAAAACAUCGCUGGGAAACGUGAUUUUGAUGACCUAGAAAUCGAAAAACAAUAUAUUUCCAGGGAUCUAAUAAUCUGGAUCACCGCCUAUUCAAUUGUCUCAAUUUUAUAUCGAUUUGCAUUAUCGAAAAAUCAAAAAGAGUAGGUUUUUUUUCAGAUAAAAAUUCUGAAAAUUCUGAAAAUAUUUCCAGUCUUUUCGAGAGAUUUGGUGAAUAUUGCGAUGCUCGAAUGGGAUAUUUGCCACUCAAUUUUGUGCUCGGAUUUUUCUGCAAUAUAAUUAUUCGAAGAUGGCUGAAAUUAUUCACGAGUUUGGGAAAUAUUGAUAAGUAAGUGCUUGAGAAUUUGAGCUUUGAAAUUUUGAAAUUUCUAAUUUCAGUAUCGCACUUUUUGUGUCGGCAUAUGUGAGAGGAGAUAGUGAUAGAGCCAGGCAAAUUCGGAGAAAUAUUAUUAGGUGAGUUUGGAGAAAAAAAUUCGCUGUUUCAAAAUUUUUCAUAUGUUGGCUUUAGCUCACAAUAUAUUUGUUGAAACGGUUGUUGAAAACUAAGUUGAAAAAAAAAAUUAAUUAAUUUUCUAAAGGACAAGAAAUAAAAAUUUUUAAUACUAUUCUUUAAACAGUAAUUUACUGUUUCAAAAGUAUCAAAUAUUGGGAGAAAGAUUUUAGACUACAAUAAAUAUUCAAUUCCCUUCUUCAUCUCAAAAAUUCGGUUUUCAAUGUUUGAAAAAAAUUUAAUUAAUUAAUUUUUAAUGAAAAAUUUGCCACGUGGAAUUUUGAAGUUUGCAGUGAAAGAUCAUUCCUGACAAAUAAAUCAUAGAAAAAAUAUUUAAAAUUAUUUUUCUUCAAAAAAAAAAGUUUACUGUUUCAAAACUUGUAUAUUGAGAAAAUUAUAAAAAUUGAUUGAUUAAUUUUCUAAUUAAAAUUUUGCCACGUGGUAUUUGUAAGUUCCAGAAAAAAAGAAAAUAACUUUUUAUAAUUAUUUAUAUUCGAAAAAUAAUUCACUGUUUCAAAAAAUACUUUUUUAAAAUUAAUUUUUGUUACAAUCGUUAUUAGCCUUUCAUACGUCGGUGCAUCUCGCUCUAUCGAACAAACACGCUCCGCAUCGCACGCGACGCACCAAAAAAAGCGCACGAGUUCAAACUCGAAUUAUUUUUCUUUUUUUUUAAUUUUCAAAAAAAGGUGUCAAGAGUGAAUUCGCUAGAUUUUUCCUUAGAAAUUCACUGAAAUUUGUUCAAAUGAAAGAAAAAUACAAAGAGAAAUAUUAUUUUAUUCAACAAUUCCCGUAAAAAAAACCGAUUUCAACGACUCACCUGGAGAAUCUGGAAAGAAAAACACAUGAUUUUGAAAAUCUCACAAUCAGAGCUUUAUACAUAAAAAAUUAGAGAAAACACGAGACAAAAAGCGAAACUUCUGUAUUUUUUAAUCAAUUUCAAACAGAAAAUUAUACAAAAACGACGUUUUCGAACCAAAAUUCCACCACCUCGACAGAAAAAUAGCAAAUCAUUCAUAUGGUCUUCUCAAAUGUCAUCAUCAUAAUGUCGGAGCUUUUGCAAUUGCAUGCAAUCGAAUAUUAUCUUCUCGCAGCCUCAUUCUCAUUGUCAGCUCAUUGUCGCAACUUUCUUUUAUUUCUUCCCAAUUCUCUUCGCUUUUCAUCUUCCAUCAAAUUCAUCUCAACUUCGCUUAUUUAUUUGCUUCCUAUCUUCUCGAAUCACUUCAUCCACCAAUGAUGAACAUCAUCCACCAAUAUUAA